UUUGUCCGCCGUCCGCAGUCCGCAUCGGUGCGCGGAGAGCCGCAGACCCCGUUCAAGCUGCCGAUCAGGGGACGAAUGCCGGUGCAGGUGCAGUCGUCUCGGGUGUUUUUCUCGCCGCGUGAAUCCCGCCAGCCGCGAGCGUAAUUGCAGAGAGAGGGAGAGAGCGAGAGAGAGAGAGAGAGGGGGGAAGGGCGCAAGGCGUAAACAAAAUACAGACGAGAGGGACGGAGAGACAAUGUUCGACACUGAAAAGUUUAUCAUUGAGAUACAGAAGCGGCCGGCUAUUUACGACGUUAACUGCGACGAGUAUAACGACAGGAAUGCUAAGAUGGACGCUUGGGACGAAAUGUGCCAGGUGAUGGUGCCCAAUUGGGACGGCUUGACGAACGAGGAGAGAAACACUGAAGAGAAGAAUUUACGCGGGAAAUGGAGGAACAUCAGGGAUUACUUCAUGAAGGAGCUGAAGAUGCAACGCUCGCAAAAAGCUGGUCCGGCCGCACGAAAAAGGAAGAAAUAUAUUUACUUCGACCAGUUGUACUUUCUUCUGCCGACCGUCGAGAACAAAAGAAAUCUGGUCAAAAAGGCUUCGCCCCAUCACCCGGACAGCGAUAGCGAAAUGGACAACCCCGUGAUCGAGGAAUAUGAUUUUCCGGCCGUGCAACCGAGCACCUCGAGGGAAUACAACAACGUGUCGAUGAGCAUGGGCCAGCCGAAAAUGCGGGGUCGAUACUCGACGCAGAUUUGCGAAACGUCGUUGAACUCGUUCGACAACGAUAUCCACGACAUUUUGUCUUCCCACAGUCAGCCGAUGAUCCAGGACGAGGAUUACGACCGGAUGUUUCUCCUUUCGCUUUUGCCGAUGAUGAAACAAGUCCCCGACGUCAAGAAGCUCGACGUCAGAAUACAAAUGCAACAAAUAUUGGCCGCUGCGCUGUACGCGUCUGAGUCAAAAUGAUACAAGCAUUAGGUACCUCUGUGUACGCGCAUCGCGGUGGUCGACGAAUUGCUCGAAUAUUUUCAUAAGCUGCAGUUUCUGCACCUGAGCAAAGAAAUAACUGUUUACGUUCUUAAUACGAACGAUGUUAAAUUACGAUCCGUGUUGAGGCGAUGUCGUGCUCGGCGACGAAGUCGAUUUCAAAUUGAAAACAGAGAUACCCCGAAUUUAUUUUUGUUCUCUCAUUUGUUGUAUGUACAAAGAAAUACGAAGCGGGAAUGAAAACUAAUUUAUAAUUUUUCUUAAGACUGAUUUCAAGUCAGUUACAAAGUAUGCACCGUUGCAUUACAAUUCCGCGAUAAUUCGCAUUGAGAUUAAUGACGUCAGUUGUAUGACGUCAAACGGUUGUUCAAAUUCGACUCUUGUAAAUAAAGUUCUUUCUAAUUUUAUUUCUAACA